AUGGUCCCUGAAAACAAAGUCGGUGACAUCAUCACCAACAAAAUCUCCCUCAAAACAAAUAGCCGGAAGUCCUUCUUAUUUCUGCAGUCUGCAUCUGACCGGAUCACACAGAGUCAGAAUGAAUAUCUCCGGCAAUGGAACCACAAAGAAGCCCCUCCUCUGGACUGGCUUUGUGCAGUUUGCAAGAAGGAUGGGGUUUAUAAAUACUGCUGCAGAACCCAGCAUCAAAGGCAUCCAUUCCAUCACAUCAAAACUUCACUCAUUAAAGUCGGCCUGCACAUUCACCUUGCUCAUGACGGCACUCCAUGUCCCAGCAGCACUGAAUACACAUCCGACCUCUUUGAUUGGUCAGAUACUGAUGAAAAUAUAGACUAUGAUGAUUAUCCGAAGGGAGCUUCCAUUCCACUUGUCGCAGACUCAGAUCAUCCGGCUACAACCAUAGUAGACAAAUCCCGUCUCUUUGAAGCAGGCUUGUUUCCAGCAUCUUUCACCAGACCAAAAACUGCAUUCACAUUCUCUGUCUUGGAUGAUUUUCUGCUAGACAACCUUGAAUGUGGUACAUCAGCCAUGAAUUACUACAGUAAGAUCCGGAGGCUAACCUCAAGCAUAUUUCCAUUGAUGGUUCCGGAUCGCUACAGAGAGCUCAUGAGAACUGCCAGACAGUGGCGCCAAUGCAAGCUUUACAAGUGGCAUGGGUUUGCCCACAAAGAUGAUGAGCCAAAGGCCGGUGAUCUCGCCCUAUUCUGUCCUGCAUGUCCUCAACCAGGGAUAAAUUUGGACCUGUCAACCGGUACAGCCACUCAGCCUGACAACACCCCUUCCUGGCUCUUCACCAGGACUUUAGUCAUGGAUGGUAAUUUUAAAGCCAAGCACCUCCAUCCGGUGAAUCCAUCCGAUGAAGUAUCAUUGAUGGAUGGUCUUGCAUUCAUGGUUGGAGAUGAAAGAUACAAGAGUCAUUUGUCUGUUGCCCAAGACUGUGUCCAAAAGUCAGAUUGCAACAAUCACCACACAGUCAAUCAAGCAAAUGCCUCCCGGCAAAAGCUGGAGGCCACCGGGAUAGGAGGAUGUGCAUGUGCACGGCAUGGAUGUUUUGUCCCACAUUCCAUGGUGGAUUUUCAGAAAGAUGGAAUCUCAUGUGUGAUAAUGUUCUAUGACAUAAAUUGUCAGUAUAAUAAGUCUCUCAAGGACCGGAUCACAUCCAGCAUGUAUCUUUCGAUCCCCAUGGGCAUGAAUAUCAUUCCCGGAAUAGGUUUCUGCUACGUCUGGUAUGCAUCAAAUUUUAUCCAUGGGACCGGCAGGAUAGACAGAGAGAUCAUGGAAACACUCUGGGCAUCCUUGAACAUAAUCUCUCCAUCGGCCAGGGGCAUGGGAACUCCGCAUCGCAAGGAGGUAUUGGAUUAUCAGAUGAAUGAUUCCAACUUCAUGAAAAUGAUUCGCAUAAGUGAGUUGGCAACCUCUGGAUGCACAAAUAUGUUCUGGUCUCAUAUGAUUCAUUGCUGGCUCACUUGCCCUGCAGCUAAGUUUCUGUGCAGAAAGUUCAAGGAGGCUGCCAGGGGUGCUGAAGAGAGCAAACUCUCAUUCCAAAAUCUUAAUGAGACAGCUCACCCCAACAUGGUCCUUCUUUGGGAAGUAGAGGAGGCACUUGCUCAGGCGAACAGACUGGAGGAUCCAACAGCCAUGGACAUUUAUGAGGUCCAGUUGGAAAAGGCUCCAACUAGAAAGCAGCAGGAGUUGCGCCUGCUGGAGGCUCAAAACUGUCCUGAUCAUUUGGUCACCAAUUCCCUCAGUCGAAGAGGAGCCGCCACUUGGCUAGCAACUGGUCUCACCAUAGAAGAAUCCCAAAUCUCUCCAUCCAGAGAUGUGAAAAGGCUCAGAAGGCAUCCUACAGAUAUUCAAUUGCUGAGAGUAGCCCGACUCAGGGAUAAGCUACAAACUCGUAUUACAAGCUUUCUCGAGAUGGCACCCACUUAUCUUGGAUUUGGAGUUGAUGUCGAUGAACCGGAUCCUCCGGUAGAUAGGGUUCAUAAUUUGCUCGACGAUUAUUCCAAUCUUGAUGAUUGUGAUCACAAUCCGGAUCUGGACACAAAUCAUACCUCCCUAUUUCAACCAGAGCUUACGAUCAUACCUUUGCCUUCCAACCUUGGAAUGGACAAAUGCAAUGCAUUGGAUGUCACCGAUCUCAUGAAAGAAGAAACCGCCCUCCGUGAAGGCCAGGCCAAUGACGCCCUUCAUGCAAUUAGAGUUCAUUUGGGAGAUAAAGCGGUUAUAUUCCGGAAUACUGUCCGAUCAGCUAAGUCACAGGCCUCCUCCACCAGGGCAUGGACUCAAGUUCGCUCGGUGGAAGCAGCAGUAAAUCUCAAUGCCAGGAUAUAUUCAAAAUGCCAGUUGCAGCUAGCCAAAAUUCCUGAUCAUGACCUCCUGAAGAAAUAUCUUCCGCUAAAGAAAGAACACCUGAAAGCCAGCGCUGCAGUGGCAAAUCCAAAUGCGCGUGGUCAGAGGGACACUACUCUUGCAUGGUUCUGGUCCAUUGAUGUUCAGGGUGAUACAUCCGGAAAUGACUGGAUGACAGAAUUUUAUCGGGUAAAUUGGCUCCAGACAAAGGCACUGUGCGAUCGUUGGAAUGAAGAGGUUGUUCUUGUUAAACAAGAGAUGCAGUGGUCGGUCAAUUUCUUCAACCACAAGGCCAAGCAAUGGCGCGGUCGCAGGGACAAUGCCGCUUCCACCGGGAGGACCGGACAUGCAUGUUAUGCUGCCCGACAAUGUCACAUAUAUGAAGAACUAGCGGCACAUGCAGUGGAUUCCUUUCAGAAAAUUAUUCCAGUCAUUCAGCCAGAAGUACCGGUUGUCAUUCAGCCGGAAGUACCAGUUAUCGGUUAG